AGGUGCUACCCAAAACUCAAUUAAAGUGGCCCAGUGGAUGCUUCAAAUCCCUGGGGCAACCAGUUACGUGGGAUCCAUUGGAAAGGACAAGUACGGAGAGGCAAUGAAGAAGGAUGCUACAGCAGCUGGUGUCAAUGUCCACUAUUACGAAGAUGAGUCAACACCUACCGGAACUUGCGGUGUCUGUGUUAUGUGUCCAUUGGAAAACAAGGCUCACUGAUCUUUCUCCCCGAAUAGUAUGUCUUUAAUACGAAAGAUCCUGACAUGCUCAAAUAUCUGACAGGUGUUCACGAUGAACCAACCUUUCUGCUCCAUUCAUCUGUGAAUUCUUCAAAGACGUUCAGGAUAAGUGUCUACCGUACAUGGACUAUGUUUUUGGCAAUGAGACCGAGGCAAGAACCUUCUCCAGGGUUCACGGUUGGGAGCCAAUCCUCUCUGUUUCUGGAUGUCCAAUCAUCUGCGACGUUCCCGUCCAGUCGAUGAUAACGGUGGAGAAGCGACCGGAGGCGACAAAGGAAUCUGAUAACUGAGAUUUCGAGCAAGUCUCGACGACGUUAGGGGAAUUUUGGUUUCUUUGGUUAAUGGCUGUGAAGAAGGCCAGCGAGAUGUUUCCGAAGAGCUUGAUCGAGGAUGUUCACAAAUGGGGCUGCAUGAAGCAGACCGGUGUGAGCCUCCGAUACAUGAUGGAGUUUGGUUCCGAACCCACCGAGCGAAACCUUUUGAUUUCGGCUCAGUUUCUUCACAAGGAGCUUCCGAUUCGUGUCGCCAGGAGAGCGAUCGAACUCGAGACCCUCCCUUACGGCCUCUCUGAGAAACCUGCCGUCCUCAAGGUAAGGGAUUGGUAUGUGGAAUCAUUCAGAGACAUGAGAGCGUUUCCUGAUAUCAAGGAUACGGCUGAUGAGAAAGAGUUCACUCAGAUGAUUAAGGCUGUCAAAGUAAGGCACAACAACGUGGUUCCCAUGAUGGCUCUGGGCGUUAAUCAGCUGAAGAAAGGAAUGAACUCCAGGAUUGUCUACGAAAAUCUUGAUGAGAUUCAUCAGUUUCUUGAUCGCUUCUACUUGUCCCGAAUAGGGAUCCGUAUGCUUAUUGGGCAGCAUGUUGAGUUGCAUAAUCCAAAUCCGCCACUUCAUACUGUGGGUUACAUACACACCAAGAUGUCUCCCAUGGAGGUAGCAAGGAAUGCCAGUGAAGAUGCUCGAUCAAUUUGUUUCCGAGAGUAUGGCUCUGCUCCAGAAAUAAACAUCUACGGGGAUCCCAGUUUCACAUUCCCGUAUGUUCCAACCCAUUUGCACCUUAUGGUAUUUGAGUUAGUCAAGAACUCUCUACGUGCUGUCCAAGAGCGAUAUGUUGACUCUGAUAGAGUUGCACCACCAAUCCGCAUCAUAGUUGCUGAUGGAAUCGAAGAUGUUACAAUAAAGGUCUCAGAUGAAGGUGGAGGUAUACCAAGAAGCGGUCUCCCCAAGAUAUUCACUUAUCUCUACAGCACCGCAAGAAACCCGCUUGAGGAAGAUGUCGAUUUAGGAACAGCUGAUGUUCCCCUGACUAUGGCUGGUUAUGGUUAUGGUCUGCCAAUUAGUCGCUUGUAUGCUCGAUAUUUUGGUGGAGAUUUGCAGAUCAUAUCCAUGGAAGGAUAUGGGACUGAUGCUUACUUGCACUUGUCUCGCCUUGGAGAUUCACAAGAGCCUUUGCCCUGAGAGAACCUCCAAGUCAGGCUAUGCUAUUUAGUUUUUUUUUUUUUUAUUGUACAGACAUUAUUUCUCCAUUUAUGCUUUCUUGAUUCUAAACUCAGAUAUGGAGAUUUUGAAGUGAUUUAAUCUCCUCUGAUUUGAUUUCAAUACCUUGUACUCGGUGCAAUCUCUUGUAUCCGAAAGUAUGCAAAACGUUGUUGGUCUAUAUAGUAUGUAUUGAUAAAACAGUUAUGGUCCUAGAUUUGGAUCGGUUAUUUGA